UGUAACCGGAAAUUAAUUCGGCUCAUUCCCUCGUCUUCUCUUUCACUUCUCCUGUUAAUCUGCUGCGCCACUUGCUAGGCUGCCCCAAGAUGCGCUCCUCUCGGCUGCGCCCUGCAGUUGCCAAGAAUGUGAAAGGCGGACGCCCGAGCAACGCCGAUCGGUCGUCGUAUUUCGCCCGGAGAGAAGCUGCCAAAGUAUUGCGUUGCGUACUCCACGGAGACGCUCGGCGUAGGGCGGUUGCUUCCAUCAAAUCCCUCGUCUACAGCCCUUGUGUCAGAAACAAGAAAGCGACUUUCGCUCUUGUUUGUCAAACGCUCAAGCAUCUUCCAAUUCUUAAGGAUGUUUUAGGAGCUACUACUAUAUUGAAUGGAAAGUGGAAGAAGCAAGAAGAACUGAUAUACGUAAUCACAUAUGAUAUUCUCUUUGGCCAGGCUAUUGUGUUGAUGGGUGCUGCAGAAAAGUUUCUCCUGCUACAGAAAGAUGCUUUACAAUCAGCUUUGGCUAAACUUUUAGUGAAGAAAAAAGUGAAGCAAGUUGAAGAUUUACUACUUCUUUACCAAACUCCUGAAGUGACCAAACCUCGUUAUGUACGUGUAAAUACUCUGAAAUUGGAUGUUGAAAAUGCGCUAUGCAAAUUAGAAAGACAAUACAUGGCCAGAAAGGACGACAUGGUUCCAGACUUGUUGGUACUUCCACCAGGAACUGAUUUGCAUGAUCAUCCUUUGGUCAUGAAUGGAAGUGUCUUUUUACAAGGCAAGGCAAGCUCCAUGGUAGCAGUAGCCCUUAGGCCCAAGCCAGGUUGGGAGGUUCUUGAUGCUUGUUCAGCUCCUGGUAAUAAGACUGUUCACCUUGCUGCACUCAUGAAAGGACAGGGAAAGAUAAUAGCAUGUGAGCUCAAUAAAGAAAGGGUUAAACGUUUAGAAGACACUAUCAAGCGGUCUGGUGCAACUAAUGUGGAGGUCUUGCAUGCAGACUUUUUAAACUUAAACACAAAAGAUCCUCUGUAUUCAAAGGCUUGGAUGGUGAUGAUAAAAUUUCAAUUGGGGGGGACCAAGGAUCUACUUGCUAUCUCAUCAUAUGUAUUACGAGAGGUGCGGGCCAUUCUCUUGGACCCUUCCUGUUCUGGAUCUGGGACUUCUGCUGACAGAUUAGAUCAUUUACUCCCCUCAUAUACCGCAGGUCAAGCUGCUGAUGUUGCUGACACAGAAAGGGUGAAUAAGCUUGCUGCCUUUCAAAGAAAAGCUCUAGCACAUGCAUUAUCUUUUCCAGCAGUUGAGAGAGUGGUUUACAGUACCUGCUCCAUUAACCAAGCAGAAAAUGAGGACGUCAUUAAGUCAGUUCUUCCACUGGCAGCAUCCCAUGGUUUCCAACUGGCUACUCCCUUCCCUCAGUGGCCUCGCCGUGGUUUUCCAGUCUUCGAAGGAUCUGAACAUUUGCUUCGCACUGAUCCAACCAUAGACAUGGAAGGUUUCUUUAUUGCGCUAUUUGUCAGGAAGAAUGUGAUAAAUGGUAAUCAAGAAAAGCAGAAGCAUAGGAAACCUUCAAAAACUACCAGAACUAAAAACCCGUUCAAGAAUGGAUCAUGGACCUUCCUUCACCAACGUAGAGGCGGAAGAAACUCGUUACGUCCGAGAAAGAACGUUAAAAACAAGAUAACUUCUACACCCUUAUUUUUCACUAGGAUGUCUCAAAUCAUGUUGUAUCCUCCCGUUACUGGGUGGGGUAGAACUGCACAAACUACUCAUUUUGUACGCAGGCGGAUUCAUAUACAAUGAUUAAUGCCACCUGACUUUUGAGGAAGUUUUUUGUUACGUCGAAUCCAUAGAAUUUUCACUGUGAAGAAACUCAUCGUACGGUUUGCAUUAAGAAAAUCUAUCUCGUCUGUAUUCCCAGUUUCCUAGUUUUGUGCCACAAGGAACGAUCAAAGUGAGUUCAAAUC